AUGGCUGCAAAUUCAACAGAAAUUCUCCACGAUUUUCAUCCAGUGAUCAGAGUAUACAAAGAUGGAAGAGCCGAAAGAUUUGUUGGAAUAGAUAUUGUUCCUGCAUCCGUAGAUUCAGAAACUGGGGUUCGGUCCAAAGACGUCGUGAUUUCACCUGAACAUGAUGUAUCUGCCAGGCUUUACCUGCCGGGAAACACCGAUCCCGGCAGGAAACUUCCACUUCUUGUCUAUUUUCACGGCGGUGGCUUUGUGGCGGAAUCGCCCUUCUCUUCUUCGUACCAAAACCACCUGAAUCCACUCGUCGCAGAAGCCAAUGUUGUCGCAGUUUCUGUCGGCUAUCGAUUAGCCCCCGAGCACCCUGUUCCGAUUGCUUAUGAAGAUUCUUGGCUUGCGCUGAAGUGGGUGGCGUCUCAGUCCACGGGUGAUGGACAUGAGCAAUGGAUUCAAGAAAAUGCUGAUUUUAAUCAUGUUUACUUAGGUGGAGACAGUGCUGGAGCCAAUAUAGCACACAACAUGGCCAUAAGAUUUGGUCAAGAAAAGUUGCAUGGGAUCAAUCUAGAUGGAAUUUUUCUUAACUGUCCAUUCUUUUGGGGUUCAGAUGACCCUUUGAUUAAUCCUGCCAUGGAUUUGAAUCUUUCAAAACUGGGGUGCAAAAAAGUGCUUAUUUAUGUUGCAGAAGAAGAUAUUCUGAGAGAUCGAGGUUAUUAUUACAAGGAAGCAUUGAUGAAAUGUGGGUGGGAUGGAGAGGUAGAUAUUGUGGAUGUAAAGGGGGAGAACCAUGUAUUUAGUGUGUUUUUCCCUAAUAGUGAAAAUGGCAAGGCUAUGAUGAAAAGAGUGGCUUCUUUCAUUAAUCAGUAG